AGAGGCAGCAUCCAGACCGCCGAGCAGCGCCAAGUCUCCACCCUGAAGCCUGCACCAUGCAUGGGGGCAAGAGAGGACUGGUGGCCCCGCAAAACACCUUUUUGGAGAACAUCGUCCGGCGUUCCAGUGAAACCAGCUUCCUGUUGGGAAACGCACAGAUCGUGGAGUGGCCUGUCGUGUACAGCAACGAUGGAUUCUGCAAGCUGUCCGGCUACCACAGAGCUGAAGUCAUGCACAGGAGCAGCACAUGCAACUUCAUGUACGGAGACUUGACUGACAAGACAACCAUCGACAACAUCCGCCAGACAUUUGACAACUAUGAGUCCAACUUCUACGAAGUGCUGCUCUACACCAAAAACAGAACACCCAUAUGGCUCUACAUGCAGGUGGCGCCCAUCCGAAAUGAAAACAACAAGGUGGUUCUUUUCCUCUGCACCUUCAGAGACAUCACGCUCUUCAAACAGCCCAUUGAGGACGAAACGACGCGAGGAUGGACAAAGUUUGCCAGGCUAACGCGGGCGCUCACCAACAAUCGUAACCUGGUACAGCAGAUGGCGCCACUGAGCAAGACAGAGGUCAACCAUAAGCCGUCCAGAUUGGCCGAGGCCCUCCAGCUGGGCUCCGAUAUCCUCCCCCAGUACAAGCAGGAAGCCCCCAAAACCCCCCCGCACAUCAUCCUCCACUACUGCACCUUCAAGACCACGUGGGACUGGGUCAUCCUCAUCCUGACGUUCUACACGGCCAUCAUGGUGCCGUACAACGUGUCGUUCAGGACCAGGCAGAGCAACCUGGUGUGGCUGGUGCUGGACAGCAUCGUGGACGUCAUCUUCCUGGUGGACAUCGUGCUCAACUUCCACACCACCUUCGUGGGCCCCGCCGGCGAGGUCAUUUCCGACGCCAGGCUCAUUCGCAUGAACUACGUCAAGACGUGGUUCGUCAUCGAUCUGCUGUCGUGUCUGCCCUAUGACAUCAUCAACGCCUUUGAGAAUUUUGAUGAGGACUUCAUCACAUCUUCAUCCACGGGUAGUCAUCUUCGUGAUUCGUCAGUCUUCCACAGGAACAGCACCAGGAUGGAGGACUCAGUACUACCAGGUCUCAGCAGCCUCUUCAGCUCCCUAAAGGUCAUCCGCCUACUCCGUUUGGGCCGCGUGGCCCGCAAACUGGACCACUACCUGGAGUAUGGCGCCGCCGUCCUGGUCCUGCUGGUGUGCGUCUUCGGCCUGGUGGCCCACUGGCUGGCUUGCAUCUGGUACAGCAUCGGCGACCACGAAGUCAUCGACGAGACCACCAACACCAUCAAGACGGACAGCUGGCUGUACCAGCUGGCAUUGAGCAUCGGGACGCCGUACCGCUACAACGCCAGCGGCACGGGCCAGUGGGAAGGUGGCCCCAACAAGGACACGCUGUACAUUUCCUCGUUGUACUUCACCAUGACCAGCCUCACCACCAUCGGCUUUGGCAACAUCGCUCCCACCACGGACGGGGAGAAGAUUUUCUCCGUGGCCAUGAUGAUGGUGGGAUCGCUGUUGUACGCCACCAUCUUCGGCAACGUGACCACCAUCUUCCAGCAGAUGUACACCAACACCAAUCGCUACCACGAGAUGCUGAACAACGUGCGAGACUUCCUCAAGCUCUACCAGGUUCCCAAAGGUCUCAGUGAGAGGGUCAUGGACUUCAUCGUCUCCACUUGGGCCAUGUCUAAGGGCAUCGACACAGACAAGGUGCUGUCCAUCUGCCCCAAAGACAUGCGUGCGGACAUCUGCGUGCACCUCAACAGGCAGGUGUUCAACGACCACCCCGCUUUCCGCCUGGCCAGCGACGGCUGCCUCCGCUCUCUGGCCGUGGAGUUCCAGACCACACACUGCGCGCCCGGCGACCUGAUCUUCCACAUCGGCGAGAGCGUGGACACCCUCUGCUUCGUGGUGUCCGGCUCCCUGGAGGUCAUCCAGGACGACGAGGUCAUCGCCAUACUGGGUAAAGGUGAUGUGUUCGGAGACGUCUUCUGGAAAGAGAGCACCAUGGCGCGAGCGUGCGCAAACGUUCGAGCACUGACCUACUGCGACCUGCACGUCAUCAGGAGGGACGCCCUCAUGAGGGUGCUGGAGUUUUACACGGCCUUCGCCAACUCCUUUGCACGCAACCUCAUCCUCACCUGCAAUCUACGCAAACGGGUCAUCUUCAGAAAGAUAGCCGAUGUAAAGAGGGAACAGGAGCGUCAGAGGAACGAGGUGGCGCUCUCCAUCCCAGACGACCAUCCCGUUCGGAAGCUCUUCCAGAGGUUCCGGCAGCAGAGGGACGGCCAAACGCCAGGAGAGUCUCCCUCUUACCUGGAUCACAACUGCGUCCAGGAGGAGCCGCCUCACACCAACUCAACCGCUAGCCAAGCUCAGCCUGUUGCUGUCCAGCAGGGCGGCGAUGGGGGCGGGGUGGGCGAUGUAGGCUGCGUGGCCCCGCCUGCUGAGAAGUUGCAACAAAACUGCACCACAGAUGCUCAGUUUAGCUCUUGUGUGGAAAUGAUGCAGAACCAGGGGGUUAAUAACCAAGCACAGGGUCGUAGUGUGGGCGCAGAGGGGUCUGGGGGCCUUGCCGCCCGCAAGGGAGGGGCUAGGGGGUGGGCCAAGUUUAAAAACGCCACCUCUGCUGCACCACCUCCUCUUCCUCCUCAAGGGGAGCAGGAGAAGCCACCAGAGAAACUGGAGGCUUGGACCAAAGGAUCUCAGUCAUCAGAACCAAUAACAGCCACCAACCAGAACCAGAACCAGGAGGACUGCGGGGAGGGCGGCUCCAACGCAGGAGAAGCCACCACCCUCCAUAAAACAGACUCAUGUGACAGCGGCAUCACAAAAAGCGACUUGCGCAUCGACCGGGUGGGAGAUUCCAGGAGCUCCUUCGAGCGCAGCCCCUUGGAGCGCAGCCCCAUGGAAAGGAACCCAUUUGGGGCACCCGGGUCCGAGCGGGACCUCCUGCAAACCACGCUGUACGAGGCCAAGGUGGAGCUGAAGGGGGACAUUCAGCUUCUGAGCGGUAGGCUCUCCGUGUUGGAGGCUCAGGUGGGCGAGAUCCUGAGGUUGCUGUCCAUCAAAAGAAGACUCUCGCUGCCGCCCACAUCCUCCCCAAGACCCAGGGUGAAAGGUCAAGACUCCGUUACGGCCUCUGUUAGACCCAAAAAAGAUGACGGCCCCUUCUGAAGUGACUCGGUAGCAACCUUCUCAGGCAAUGGUUCUCAAACUUUUUACACAAAGCACCACCUCAGAUAUUUAGCUAGCACCACCGAUUUUGCUAGCACCAUCACGGUUGAACAACAUGGCUUGGACGCACACGUCAUUUGCUUGUGUACUUUUCUAGAUUUGUAUUACAAAAUCUCUGAUGUUCCUGCGAACAGCUGGAUGGAGCCUGCACACCGUCUGUCGUACUCGUUCCAGAGUUUGACAAUCAUGUUCUCGGACUGAAAGCCAGCUGGCCUACCAAAGAAAAUCUAGCAUGUAAAAAAGGACUUCAAUCCAAGAUUUUACUUACAAAAGUAAGACGUAUCCUGGCCCUAAAUGGUCAAAAAGGCUCAAUAGUGGAUUGGUGGACCCAGGGAGUAAUACAGGUUUGAGAAUGACACAAAUAUUCGUUUUCACAAUAUUAAUUUCCACUGCAUUUCAGCCCUUCCACAAGAGGACCGGCUGACAUGUCAGUGAUUUUCUGGGUAAAAUCACCACGACUGUACUUUAGCAGAAUAAGACCUCAAACAACGCCUUGCGUCCUAAAUAAGUCAACUUCUCCACUUGCCCCCCCGCCCCCCAUGCAAGUGGACUACAGCAGCCAAAAGUGAACGUAGCUUCUUGUUUUCGCACUUUUAACCUGAUUCAUUUGCUCACCACAUGCGUGACAUCCUCUAUAUUCAGUUUGUGUGUUUAUUCCGGGGGUGAGGGGGGGGGCUCACGUAGAACUGCUGAGGUCAUCAUCCAUCAGCUUUAAUAAUUCAUGAACUAAAUAAGGGAAAUAAGUAGAAAUUGUGCCUUACUUACUUAAAGCCUCAGUACUGCUACAUCAUGGAUAAUGGUGCAAACGGCCCGCAGGAUGUGUCCCCUUGAUUCGUUUCCACAUGCAUGUGAACAGAUGUGAUUUUUCUUGUGAACUGAAAUGCAACGCUCAGGUAGUUUGGCUGUUGUACGGACUUAAACCCAGCAUUUCUUGUGAGAAUAAACAGGAAUACAUAUCAGGUUCAAAGUGAAGAAUAAUGACCUGCUGCUGAUGCACAUUUGAGCC